AGAAGAAGGACUUUAUGAAAGAAAGAUAGCAAAUGAGAACUCCAGACUGCAGCAGGCUCUUUCUCAGGCUGACCAACUUAGGAAAAGUAAAUGUGGAAUUUACAAACCAGGACAUAAUGUCCUUAAAUCUAUCUGUGCCUGUGUACCAUCUGGAAAAUCCUUCUGCUUCCUCCAGGGUAUGGGUGUGCCAGCAUGAGUAGGACUGAUUUAGUUGAAUGCACUCAUUUUCCAAAUGCGUGGAUUGAGAUAAACAACCCAAACUGACAUAGUGAGUUGACGGUGGAACCUGGACUUCAGUCAGCGUCUCUCCAUUCCUACUGUGUUAUUUCUGCAGCACUCUGUGCCGAUGCCUUCUGGGUCUGACCUACUUCUCCAGAGGCCCCAGUGAGCAACACCUCCGUACGCUUUGAUUUGUUCUCCACAGGGCCCAUGUUUUGUAGUUUCUUGCCCAAAUAAAUCCCCCUCCAAUCAAAAUGGAUUAAUUCUGCUUUAGAGUUGCCAGAUUUAGCAAAUAAUAAUACAGAAUGACCAACUAAAUUUGAAUGUCAGAUAAACAACAAAUAAUUUUUUAGUAUAACUAUGGUCCUUUAUUGCAUGGGAUAUAUUUAUGCUAAAAAUUAUAACUAGACAUCCUAUAUUAUAUUUGGCAAUCCUAUUUAUCUGUGUCUCUCCCCCAUGCCACUCCAUGAGUUCUGCUUCCUACUAACUGACUACAAGCUAAUCUGAUCAACUAAUUCUCAAGACCAGGUUAGUAGGUGUUACUAGUUAAAGGGUAAAAUUUCAAACCAAAAGAGUGACUUGAUCUUAAGAAUUUAAGGCACCAUAGGGCCUUUUGGCUAAUCUUUUGGGGAAACUGAUGUAAUGACAUACACAGUCUUUGACUAGGAACUCAAAAGCUAAAAAGACAACAGGUACCACCUUUUUUUGCAUUCACUCUAUUAUUUGUUUACUGACUAAAAUAUAUUAAGCACUAAUUAUAUGCUAGUCACCACACUUUACACAAUAGUUCAAUCAAUUUUCAUAUCUAUGAAUUUCGUGUUACUACUAUUUGCUUUAUGAAAAACUGAGGCUCAGUGAGUUUAAGUGACUGAGCCAAGACCAUAUAGCUGGUAAGUGGGGGGUCCCAGAUGUGAACCGAGUCCAACACCAAACGCUAAUUUUUUGGCCAUUCCAUACCACUUCAUGAAUAGUCUUCACACUAUCUCAUCUAAUCCUUACAAUGACAACAAAGCUUCCAGGUAGGUUGUGUCAUUCCCAUUUUCUAGAUGAGGACAGUGAGGAUCCAAGGAACAGCCACCGGUAUAAGUGGCCAAGCCAGGACCAAAAUCAAGAUCACUGUGUUUGGGGCCAUAAUUCCCAUAUCGAACAGUCCAGGCAUCUUAUAAAAUUUGGAAAGGAUACAGGAUUCAAAUUUUAGGCAGGGGGGAGGAUAAACUGCCAUGAACUUUACCCAUAGGCAACAACAUAAUAUGGCUCCAGGAGUUCUGGAAAAGACUCUACUUCUUUCUCAAUGUCUGAAGUUCCACCAAUAUUAGAGAUGCAUACUUUGGCAUAAAGACAUUCUCUCUCGCUCACUUGCUCUCUUUCUCUCUCUCCCUUCUUUUCUGCCUCUGUCUCUUUCUCUCUCUCUUGCUGUUUUUAAAAUGCGUUUACUCCAAGAGAGGUAACAGUGUAAGGUAUUAUCGCUUCUUCACACGAUAAAUUGAAAAAAUACAUAAGGGCCAGGAAGAGCCAAAUGGAAAAUGGAGGUUUGAAGGAGCAGGGGAACAGCAUCUGUUUAUGUGGUUGUUUGGGGGUAUCAUAAGCUCCUAGGCUUGGAUAACACCAGACAGAAUAAGAGGGAUCCCUUUGUCAACCCAAGGUUAUCUGGGAUCUUUUUUGCUCCUAGGGCACUAAGUCCCAGUGGGAUAUGCCCAACUCCUCCUGCAAAUCUCAUACCAUCAGUCUCUUGUCAUGAGUGGUGCAAAGAAAAGACGCUCACUAGUGCCUGGAGUUGCCCCAGGAGCGAGUGUGGGCAAACCAGCCCUGCAACUGUUCCAGACAAAUCCCUGUGAUCAUUCAAGUGUGGCCUCUCACUCAGGAGCAAGACAGUGGGCAAUUGUCUGGUAGGACAUUUUAAAGACCACGGCAGAGUGUGGGGCCACUGAGAGAGUCUUGGGAUUGAAGGUCCUGCCCUACUCGCCACGUGUCCUCAGAGAGAUCCCUUCGCCAUUAUGCGUCUUGAUUUUCUCAUCCGUGAACUAAGGGAAUUGAUGGGUCAUCUCCAAGGUUCCUCUGCAUGUGUUUUGGAUCUCUCUCUGGCUCAUGCUUAACCCCUGCCUCUUUUCUCAUCCCACACAGGCAGCUUCCUCUCCAUAGCUCCACCUUCUCCUGGAGAAAUGUAGCGCUUUUGGUGCUUCUCUUCCUCUCUUUGGAGCAGACAUCUGCAUCGCUGAGCAAAAAAGUCAAACACAAACCAGGCGAGUGCCCCAAAGAGAGGCUUACCUGUACAAGUAAACUUCCAGACUCAUGCAAAACGGAUUUCAACUGCCACGAACACCUGAAGUGCUGCUCUUUCGCCUGUGGAAAGAAGUGCAUGGAUCCAUAUCAAGAACCCUGCUCGCUACCCUUAGACCCAGGAAACUGUGAAAGUCCUGCCAGACACUGGUAUUUUGACUUUAAAGAUCAUUUAUGCAAACCCUUUGCAUAUAGAGGCUGCGAUGGGAAUGCCAACAACUUCUUCAACAGGGAAGACUGCAAGACGGCUUGCUCAUUAGCGGCCAAGAAAGGACAGUGCCCACUCUUCCCUUUAAAGAAUCGUAUGAUGUGUUCAGCUUUAUGUAAGAGUGACAUCGAUUGUCCCCAAACUGAAAAAUGUUGUGAAUCCAUAUGUGGCUUUGUUUGUGCCACGGCCUGGACAGUCAAAGCAGGUUUCUGCCCACGCAAGCCCACAGAGUGUUCCAAGAUUGAUAAACCCAAGUGCCUGCGGGAUGAUGAUUGCCCAGUGUCAGAGAAGUGCUGUUCACGUUGUGGACUGAAGUGCAUGGAACCCCAAAAUUGAAUAGUAAGUGGAAAACAUUAUCAUCAAAGUAAUUAAUUAUGAGUAGCAUAAUAAAAAGUUAUCAAUUUUGUCCUGUAUUCAACUACUUUACCAAAUUGUCUUAUUAAGUAUAACAAUAUUUAAUGGAGUUACUUUGGCUUCAUAUAUAAUCAUAUUAUCUGAAGAUGACAAUAAAUUAGACUCUUUUUUCCAACUCCAUGACUUACUUUGUUUUCUUGUCUUCUUAUAUUAUGUAGGACCUCUGAAAUAAUGUUGAAAAUAAAGGCAAUGGCAUCUAUCCCUGUCUAGUUCUUUAUUUUAAAAUCAAUGUCUCCUGUUGUAUAAAAUGACAUUUGUUGAGUUUGGUGAUAAAUAGGUUUUAUCUCACUUGAGUUGUUUCCUUUUUAUCCAUUUACAAUUACUAUUGGAAAUUACUGCU